AUGCCCUCCUACGCCAUCACCGGCGCCUCCAAAGGCCUCGGCCGCGAACUCGUCCGCCAACUCGCCCAAUCCCCCUCAAACACCGUUCUCGCCAUCGUCCGCAGCCUCGACCCCUCCUCCCCCCUCGCCGCCCUCGCCCAAGCCCACCCCAACAUCCACAUCAUCACCGGCAACGUCACCGACCCGCAGUCCAUCCUCGCCGCCGCAAAGGAGGCCAGCGCCAUCCUCGACGGCAAGCUCGACGUCCUCAUCCACAACUCAAACUCGGUCGACAUGACCACCUUUUCGCACUCGCCCACGCAGGUGCCCUUUGACCUCGAGGCCACCAGGCAGUUCUACGAGGAGCCCAUCCGCACCGCCGUCUGGGGCGCCGCCUGGGCGACCAACGCCUUCCUGCCCCUGAUUGAGAAGGGCGACCUCAAGAAGAUUGCCCACAUCACCAGCAGCAUGGCCAACAACGAAGUCAUCCUCAAGACGGGCGUCGACUACGCCCUGGCCUAUUCGAUUGCAAAGGCCGGCAUGAAUGUCCAGAUUGCAAAGUACGCUGCGGAACUUGCUCCCAAGGGCAUCAAGACUGUUGCCAUCUGCCCCGGCUGGGUGGAUACUCACGAAGGCCCCAAACCACCCCAGGUCGUUGAGGCGCUCAAGGUCAUGCAGGCUCAAUUCCAAAAAUGGGAUCCCAGCAUCAAGGGACAAAUCUCAGUAGAGGAAAGCGCGUCGGAGCAGCUCAGAGUCAUUGAGGCCCUCGAUGCUGCCAGAAGCGGCACUGUAAUUAGGUCCAAGGACUACUAG